AUGAUGAGGAUGAUGAUGAUGAUGAUGAUGAUGAUGAUGAUGAUGAUGAUGAUGAUGAUGAUGAUGAUGAUGAUGAUGAUGAUGAUGAUGAUGAUGAUGAUGAUGAUGAUGAUGAUGAUGAUGAUGAUGAUGAUGAUGAUGAUGAUGAUGAUGAUGAUGAUGAUGAUGAUGAUGAUGAUGAUGAUGAUGAUGAUGAUGAUGAUGACUGAGAACUGAGAACUGAGAACUGGUGCGAAGCAGCGAGUAGAGUUUGCUCUGUGUAGCUGCAUCAUUCGUCGUUUUCGGACAUGAACUUUUUAUUUAUCGUUUCGCUCUCUGUACUUUGCCUCUGCAAAUUGUUUGUCUAGUAGCAUCUUGAAUUUAGCCACUGUGUUCGCUUCUACUAUAUGCUGAGGCAGGUCGUUCCAGACAUUCACCACUCUUCGUUCGAAACAGAGUUGAUGGGCGACCCGCUUCAAAUCCGGGACGAUAAGUUUAUACCGGUGUCCUCGCGUGCAGCUUGGUGUGCGCAGAUGAAG